AUGGCUUCGAAAUCAACAGCCAUGCGCUGCAUCUUGCGCGCUCAGCGACGCGUAUCGCAGUCGCCAUGUUGCCGAGGCCAGCAGCGUCAACUCUGCACCACACCUCGCCUAAGGACAGACGGCGUGUUUCGAGCAUUGACUGAGCAGCGAAUGCAGGUUCCGUGGAUCGAGGCAUUUCGCAAGCAGCAGCGCGAAUCGGCCAACAAGAGCCAAAGCGAGCCCCCUGCCCCAGCUAAACCUGAUCUGACACCAAAGAAGAUGUCAGAUAGCUACCACAGCGUCAUCCUCCCUCUCGCCCAAGAGCCAUCUCUGCUCGACACAUAUCUCAAUGCCACCGGUCACAUCCGUUUAGGCACUAUUUUCAUGGACUUGGAUGCCCUGUCCGGCGUCAUUGCUUACAAGCACACAGGCGAAGGCGUCAGCACUGUCACAGCUGCCUUUGACCGUAUCACCAUCAACCACCCUCUCACAGAGAUCUGUGACCUCGAGCUAAGCGGCCAAGUCUCGUACGCUGCAGGAGGCUCCAGUAUGGAAAUCAGUCUACAGGUCGCCAAGGCACCCAAAGACGGGCAAGAGGUCAAGCAGCAAGAUGUCAUGAUCACAUGCCAAUGCACCAUGGUUGCCACUGACCCUGCCACUAAGAGACCCGUCAAGAUCGCACCAGUACGCACUGAUACAGAAGAAGAGAAGCGCAUCUUUGCACGGGGCGAAAGGAAUAGCAAGAUUCGCAAGGAACGUUCACAGACAUCAUUGUUGAAGACUGCGCCAAAUGACGAGGAGAGCGACCUCAUUCACGUCAUGUGGCAGCGGCAGCUGCGGUACCACGAUCCCAAUGAUUCGCUGCGCAAGCCAGAUAAUGUGUUCUUCAUGGAUACAACAAGGCUUAACACAGCAGCUAUCAUGCAGCCUCAGUAUAGAAAUCGCCACCACUUCAUGAUCUUUGGUGGCUUCCUUCUCAAGCAGACCUUUGAGUUGGCCUUUUGCUGUGCCGCUAGUUUUACACACACAAGACCCAAGUUCGUGUCGCUUGAUCCGUCGACGUUUCAGAAUCCCGUACCAGUUGGCAGUGUCUUGUAUCUUACAGCGACCGUAGUAUAUACGGACCCGCCGGUGGUCAACGACGCCGCCAAUGAUGCGGAGUCAAGCGAGUCAUCAGGUCAGACUCGUGUCCAGGUCCGUGUCGAUAGUAAAGUGAGAGAUGUCGAGCAUGGAGAGACAAAACCUACGGGACAGUUCAACUAUACCUUCCUCGUUGACAAAGAUGUCAAAGUUAUGCCGAGGACGUAUUCUGAGUUUAUGAUGUACGUGGAUGCGCGGAGACGAGCCUCAAGGGUGCAGCAGGUCAUUGCGAGUGGGACAUUGGAGGAUGGCAAGAGAGAAGGCAUCAUGGAAUGA